GUACCCCUUUGAUUGUACUCUCCACACGCACGCACACUCACAAUAUUGUUUGUAGGGAAAUUUGCGGACUUUAUUGAUAGAAUUCAAGAACCGAAAGACAAUCCUCACUACGGAGGCCUACGACAAUCUGUCGUCCAAUACAAAUGAUCACUACUCGAUAAUUAAUCUGACUAGAGUCUCCAUAUUUAUAGACUAUGGACAUAACAGGAAAUAAUUGAAUCACACUAAAAUAGGAACAAACUUAACAACUAGCCGCUUCCCGUUUCCUUUGAUUUCUUCCUUAUUUUCCUCCGCAGGCCGUGUCUGCCGCGCUUGCUUCCUUAUUCUUCUCGCCUGCUUCCUCACUCUUCUCUGCUGGCCAAACCACCCCCCGAUUUCCUCGGCGUCUCUGUCAGAUGGCGAACACAUUCCAACACACAACCACUAUCCUGAGCAAACUGAAGAAAAUUUGUCUAGGGCAGAUUCUCAUUUUCACCAUGAAGCAUUAGCAGUAAAUGAGCAUGUUCAUCAAACAAACUAUAUGGAUAUGCAAGCAUCAAUUCCCAGCUAGAUGCUACUGAUUCUGUGGUUCCAUCACCAAAUGGAGAGAUAGAGGAAUUGUCAUCUCAGUUUCAUGAGGCGCUUAGAGUGGAUCCCCUUGAUAUUGAAAUUGACACUAAGGAGAAGGAAGGCAAACCUGUAACUAGUCACAGUGUGGACUACAGAAAUGCAAAGAUGGAAAAUCCUAGUUUUACAGUCAAUGCAUCUUCACCAGAAGGACAAACUCGUGCUGUUAAUUUUAGUGAAACAACCUCAAGUACUGCCUUAAGUGAUGCCUAAACCAUCGACUUUGCUUCCAUGGGUCAGAAAAGUAAUAUAACUGGAAAUCUUGGCGAAAGUUAUCAAUUGGAUGAAAGAGCAUUACUGGCUUCUAUAGCUCGUGCUAUAGGAUCUUGUGGCAGGACAAGAAUUAGUACGACUCUUCCAAAUAGACUUGGGAAAGUGCUUGCACCUCUUCUUUGUCAUGAUUAUAAAAAGAAACACGGGAAGCUUGAUGAUUUUGUUGCCAGUCAUCCUGAUUUAUUUUUGAUCGAGGGAGACUACAUUCAGCUUCGAGAAGGUGCACAGAAAACCAUAGCAGCCACAGCAACUGCUGCUAAAGUGGCCGCUGCUGCUGCUGCUGCCGCUGCUCCAUCUUCUCUUUCAUCACUUGUGCCUUCUGUAGCAGUCACUCCCAUGGCACAUUCCCACAGAUCGAAAAAGUUCUCAGCAAUGCAAAGUCAGAACUUGAACAGAAGCACCUUUCAUGUUGCUGGAGGAGUCUCGAAUGAUAUUUUGAGCAAAUCAAAUGAUCAUGCAGAACCGACGAGCUCUGUUACUGUGGGGUCUACCAUGUUGUCAACUGGAAAUGGAAUGAGCCCUGACAGAAUUGGUCAUCCUCAAAGCAAAGGUCCAUUUCAGAGGACUGGCAUGAGCAUGGCUGGGCAAAAACAGAGCAGGUCUGCACUAGAUAUUAUAAAAAUUUCCAAUAAUAAUCCCUUUAUUAGAAAUAAAGUCUUACUACUAUACUCUUUCAGAACAACUGGUGCUGCAUCAAUUCACAGAAGAUAGUAAGUAUAUUUAUAUUCGGAAUUUGCUCAUUCAUUUCCUGGCUACUCCUUGAUGACAAAAAAUAUGAUCCAUUCUUAUAACUCAUCACUUGCAUAUGAUCCAAGGACACCAAAAGCGUGCACCAAAUUAGUAUUUGAACUUUCAAUCUGAUAAAAUGUCUAUUAUGUUUGAUUCCACAUGAUUCACUCAUCACCUCGAAAAGAUUUUCGACUUCCCUGUGCAGGAUAUUUUGGUAAUUUAAGUGACGGGAUGACUAACUUUAUGUGCCACCAAGUGGGCAGAGCAGGAUGCUGAAGCUGUAAAAUGUCAAGUUGAAAUAUGCAUUUCUACUUAUCACCAUGACAAUGUGAUUCAAGAUACAAGUAUAUAUUGUCGACCGUAUAUUCUCUUAAAUUAAAAAAAACUGGGCCUUUUUAUCUAUUGGGGUCAAUGUUUUUAAUUUUGGUGAUGACUAAACUGAAUCCCAACCGGGACAACAUGCCUUAGCUUUUGAGAUCAUUCUGCAAAGCCCAAGAAACCUACAAUAUCUAAACCUAAAUAAUUUGUAUAAUAUAAAAUCAUUCAUGGAGUAUUAACUAAGUUUUGGUUCAUAUUAUGCACUGGUGAUGAAGUAUGACUUCACCGAGGAAAGGUACUAGAGAGUUUUCCACCAGUUUAAUACAGCCACUACGUAAAGGGAAGCAAGCCUUACAAAUAUCACUCUCUGCCCCCAGAAGGUUCAAAACCAGAGUUGCCUUGGCUAUCACUGCACACACCCUCCAGCAUGCCUGGCUGGCUUCCUUGAAAGUCCAUUGCACCGCCUGUACCUGGUUGACUAGGUACUUGCAAACUGUUUGCAACCCCUCCAAGGCCGAAAUGUGCUGGCAGUUGCUGCUGGAACUGGAGCAGCUGAUUCUGCUGGUGUUGAGGCCAGAGAGCAUUCAGCUGAAAUGGUGACUUUGCAACAGAACCACUGGGUAGCUGUUGCAUCAGUGGAGUAUGGUUUAGCAGGCCCGGUGCAGUUCCUUGGGUUGCGACUAAACUAUUAGGAAGUUGCAUGAGAAUAUCCGUUCAUUAUGCACCUCACCACACUGGAGGAAUAUACGAACCUGUGAAGGCAUUCCGGAACCUGGAGGCUGCGCAUCAGCAAUAGCAGCUAUUUACAUUAAAUUCUUCUGAAGGAUAGCUUGGUGCCUGAAACAUUUGACAGGAUUGAGGACUCAAGGCUACAUUUGUCUUCAUUUCUCUGACUAUAUCAUAUCCUUGACAUGUAGUUGAUUAUUUGUUUUACUUAUUCUAGUGAUUUUAUAUACUAGGUGCUAUAAAGUUGAAUGAAAUUAUUGCAGGUCUA